AUGGACAUAAACCAUGAUUUAACAAAACAAAUAAUAAACUACCGCAACUGGCAAGAUAACAAACUUUGUGUCGAUGAGUCAUCUAACAUUGAAAAAUCCUAUUUGGAUAUUUCCAACAAACACCGAUAUGUCAAAUACGGAAACUUACCAUUCUAUACUCAAUCGAUGUAUGCAGAUUCUGCAAAGUUCUUAAAUAAUUCAACUAAACAACAAAUGUUGGGAAACCCUGUAAGAGCAAUUACGCCGAAUACUCAUCAUUAUUUUGUGCCUGAGCCAGAAAGCCCUCAAAUGAGCCUAUAUUUAAACAAUGGAACUUCCGGUUGUCAGACCUGUGUAUGUGCUAAAAGACCCACCGUUUUAUUAAAACCGUAUUCACAAUCGUCAUGUGGAUUUUCGCCGACUGAACCAAGCUGUACCAAAAACGAUUAUUCGAGAAACUGUCUCUUUCCCAACUGCAAAUGCAAAGAACAUGGUAAAAAUUCACAUGAAUUGAGUAAUCUUAAAUGGAAAGAUAUUCGUUAUGGUUUGAUUGGGUCACAGCCAUCAAUUCCAUAUAUUUAUAAUCAGCAAAGUUUAUGUUCACCAUCUUUUGAUUCUCACAGUUAUGCCCCAGCAGCGAACCUUCCAUCCUAUCCUACAAAUUGUCUAAUAAAAUGCGCAUCAUGUUCUCCCAAAUGUCAGCCAGUAAUUAAAUGUACACAGAAUGAAUAUUAUCUAGAUGAUGAUGAAAAUAUAAAGAUCAACGUCACAUUGACCGUUAAAAAUGAUGAUCAAACUUUUAUUGAUCAACCAUGUUAUUGUAAUCAGCAAGAUCAAAAUGGCUCAAGUUAUCAUUACCAACCAUAUAGAAGUAAACAAUCCAGUCCAACGAGUACGUCUUAUCUGUACCUUUCAGAUUAUAACAAGCAGCCUACUCUGCCUAGUAAUACGUAUUUUAACCCACCAUAUUCCAACACACCGCCUGAUCUAAACCGUACUGUUUCCCAUAUUUUCCCCCCAAUUUCUGAUGAAUAUUCGCGCAAUAUAUUUUCAAAAAAGCAACGGCAUAAUAAACAGAGAGAAACCCAAUUUACAAUGAACCCAACUCCUAGCGAUCGGUAUCUUUUCGGUAAAAAAGUUCGCUGUGGAGCACCAAAUCCGAGUCGAUUGUCCACCUGUCUCUGUGAAUCAAUCGGUUGUUUCUUCCAAGCAUAUAAACCCGUUAAAGUGGAAAAGAAAGAAAAUAAGAAAGUGCCCAAGCGUCGCAAAUCAACUCCUUCAGUUUUUGAGGCAUCAGAAGAUCCACCAAAAGAUUCCCCGAUACCUAAACGUCGCAAGUCAACUCCUCCAGUUGUUGAGGCACCAAAAGAUCCUCCGAAACCAAAAUCUAAACCUAAAAAAUCAAGCAAGGAAGGAUUGGAGGAAGGACUGAGGAAAGGGGAUCCUAGGACAGACGAAGGUUGA